GGAUCUGCGACCCCCUGCAGACGGAGGUUGACUGUAUCCCAGAAGCGAGCUUUCUCACGGAGGGCACCCGCUGCAGAGUCUGGAAAUAAAAUAAAGCUCCUACUGACAUAGGAGAGAGGAAGAGCUCCCUGGCAGCCUGCAGAUUAGGCUUUUCUAAAAAGCCUAAGCCUCCUGUUAUAUCCGGAUACUUUUUCGUUGUCAGUCAUGGCUAGCAUCCUUGCACGUGUGGGUAACAGCCGGCGGCAGAAUGCGCCCUUGCCACCUUGGGCCCAUUCCAUGCUGAGGUCUCUGGGGAGAAGUCUUGGUCCUUUAAUGGCCAACAUGGCAGAGAGAAACAUGAAGUUGUUCUCCGGGAGGGUGGUACCAGCCCAGGGGGAGGAAACCUUUGAAAACUGGCUGAUCCAAGUCAACGGGGUCCUGCCAGAUUGGAAUAUGUCUGAGGAGGAAAAGCUCACGCGCUUGAUGAAAACCCUUAGGGGCCCUGCCCGGGAGGUUAUGCGUCUGCUCCAGGCGGCUAACCCCAACCUAAGUGUGGCAGACUUCCUGCGGGCCAUGAAAUUGGUGUUUGGGGAGUCUGAAAGCAGUGUGACUGCCCAUGGUAAAUUUUUUAACACCCUGCAGGCGCAAGGGGAGAAAGCCUCCCUUUAUGUGAUCCGUUUAGAGGUGCAGCUCCAGAAUGCUAUUCAGGCAGGCAUCAUCCCUGAGAAAGAUGCAAACCAGACUCGCCUGCACCAGCUCCUGUUAGGCGCUGACUUGAGUAGGGACCUGCGCUUCAGGCUUAAGGAUCUUCUCAGGAUGUAUGCAAAUGAGCAGGAGCGUCUUCCUGGUUUCCUGGAGUUAAUCAGGAUGAUAAGGGAGGAAGAGGAUUGGGAUGACACUUUUAUUAAGCGGAAGCGGCCAAAAAGAUCUGAGUCAAUGGUGGAGAGAGCAGCCAGCCCUGUGGCAUUUCAGGGCUCCCCACCGAUAGGGAUCAGCAGUGCUGACUGCAAUGUGAUAGAGAUAGAUGAUACCCUUGAUGACUCAGAUGAGGAUGUGAUCCUGGUGGAGUCUCAGGACCCUCCACUUUCAUCCUCAGGUGCUCCUUCCUUCAGAGGCAUGGGCAGAUCUCUGGAUCAAGUGCUGGUCAUUGAUUCCCCCAACAAUUCUGGGGUCCAGUUUCCUUCCACCAGUGGUGGUUCUGGGCAUAAGAAUGAUGGUCCUGGGGAUACGCGUAGAGCCAGGAAGCGAAAAUACACAGUUCGCUGUUCAUAUUGUGGUGAGGAGGGCCACUCAAAAGAAACCUGUGACAAUGAGAGCAACGCAGCCCAGGUUUUUGAGAAUCUGAUCAUCACCCUGCAGGAGCUGACACAUACAGAGGGGGAGGGGUUAAGAGAGGGCCCUGAUGAAGACCCCUCUGAGCUACAGUAAGAUGCUAGCCCCCAGCCUUAAAUGAACGCUUACCUGUAUUCAGAGUCCAGUGCUGGGAAAGCUGGGGGAA